AUGGCAGGAUCCCAGACUGCAGAGCAGCAAAGAGGGCCCUACAGCCUGAGAGAAGGUCGAGUUGAUUUCAGGGGCCCGGGCUAUACUGGCGGGCUUUUCCGGGAGCUUCAGGAGGUCUCGGGCUUCUGGAUGCACCCAGCACCCGAAACCCUCACCUCUCUGGCCAAACCCGGGCAGCCGGGCUGCGCGUGCUGGGGGCUUCCAGAGCUCCGAUGCCUCGAGAACCCCUUGGAUGGCCCCCAUGACCUGCCAGACCUCAGCCAAGCGCCAGAGGCAUCUAAAACUUGCCCAAGGGAUAAAUGCAAAGUGGCCCGGGAGGCUUUAAAGCUGCAGAGUAACGAAGGUUUAGGAGUCCGCAGUCUUUUCUUUGUCUCCGGGUUGCUUUUAAUAUUUGAAAUCAACACAUGCAGAGCGGAGUCUGUGGACACUGGAAACAGUCCAUGGGACUGUCAUCUCCCCCGCAUCUACACAGCGAUCUGCAGCAGUGAGCUGGAGAAGGUUCAAGAGAGAGGAGACUCUGGCAUGACCACGGGAGAGAGGAGAUACAGUACUAAACACAAUGAUUUUCUGGAAUCUAAGGGAUGCUUUGCCAACAUAACAUCCUCUGGCAGAAGUGUCAGCCCCUCAUCUUCUAUUGAAACAGGUCCAAGCGUCAGUGAGCCUUUCAGCCCCAGUAGAAGGUCUGUUCACCUAGACCCUGCUGCAGUGUUGGAUCUGAAAUCCUCCUCCUCACAUUCUGAUCACUCCUCUGAAAUCUCACUGCCUGAAGUCCAAAAGGAUAAAUGUCCCAAGGAAUUCAGCCUGCUUAAGUUGCAGACAAAAGAUGGGCAGCGUCCUGAGUGGACAUUUUACCCGAGGUUUAGCAGCAACAUCCACACCUACCAUGUUGGAAAGCAGUGUUUCUUUAACGGGGUCUUCCUCGGCAACAGGAGGUCUCUGUCAGAGAGGACGGUGGACGAGUGCUUUGGGAGGAAGAAAUAUGUUCUUGACCCCAGGAAUGGAAUCCCAAAGUUAACUCCGGGAGAUAAUACAUAUAUGUGUCCAGAACAGAGCAAAGGCUUCUACAAAGCAGGAUCAACUCUCCCCCCAGUGAACUUUUCAGUAGUACCUUAUGAAAAGAAAUUUGAUACAUUUAUUCCACUUGAGCCUCUUCCACAAAUUCCCAACUUGCCUUUCUGGGUGAAAGAGAAGGCCAACAACCUGAAGAAUGAGAUAAGAGAAGUUGAAGAGCUUGAAAACUGGCAGCCAGCGGUCCCCUUGGUACAGAGUUUGCUACCUGCUGGUUCUUUGGACUUUCCAAGACAAUUCUGA